AUUAGUCAGCGAGGAAUGGUCUUUCCAGUCCCAUCGAAAGCAUCUUCACCUCUCAUUUUUGAACAUGAUCCGCUUCCCGAAUCGCUUGAACAACCUUAAAAAAAUGAGCUCGAACACAUGGGAAGAGCAUCUCCUAUGUAGCUCCCACGUUUCAGCUCCUUUCGUCUUGUCAUGAAUCGCUGGUGACGUUCGUUCUCGGGCUACCAUUUCGUCAAGGCACGCGAGACUUUAACCACACACUUCACCUCCUGUUUGCUAAGCAGUCGAAGCCUCUUCUUUGCUUGCCCGAAACAGGAACCCGAAGCUUGUGAACCGUUCUUCUGAUUGCGGGAAGGACCGCUAUGGAGAAAAGCCGGGAACUUGCGCUGACCCAGAUGAGGAAAUCAGUUCAGAAGCUCGGUUCUUCGACGGAGAAUUUUGGCGAACCGACGCUCAUGCGGUUCUUGAUUGCUAGAUCGAUGGACGCCGAUAAGGCGGCGAAGAUGUUCGUGAAAUGGCAGGAAUGGAGGUCGACAUGGGUCCCGAAUGGGUUCGUUCCAGAGUCCGAAAUAGGCGAGGAAUUGGAAGCCAGGAAGCUUUUUCUGCAGGGCUUGUCGAGAAGUGGUCAACCUCUGAUGGUCGGCAAGGCCAGCAAGCAUUUUCCUUCGAAAGAUCAGCUCCAGUUUAAGAAAUACGUAAUUUAUUUACUGGACAAGACCAUUGCAAGUUCUUUCAAAGGACGGGAAAUAGGGAAUGAAAAGAUGAUUGUCAUUCUUGAUCUGCAAAACAUAGGUUAUAAGAAUGUUGAUGCACGUGGCCUCAUCACUGGAUUUCAGUUUUUACAGGCUUACUAUCCUGAGCGCCUGGCCAAGCUUUUCUUUCUGAAUAUGCCAGGGUUCUUUGUCAGUGUUUGGAGAAUGAUUUCUCGAUUCCUCGAGAAGGCAACAAAGGAAAAGAUCGUGAUUGUGAGCAAUGAAGAUGAACGAGAACAACUCUUCAAGGAAAUUGGCGCCGAAGUCUUGCCCGAAGAAUAUGGUGGGCAAGCAAAGCUUGUGCCCAUACAGGAUGUUGUUUUGCCCCCUUUGGAUAAUUAAUUUUAGUGACUGGAUAAAAAAAUCUUCAUUUCUUGGUUAAAAAGGGGAAGUAAAAAAGGAGAAUAAAAAGAGCAGCUGCAAUCUCGGCAUCAGCUUCCCCGUAUAGUCGUAUGUACUCGUAAUGUAUUUAUAUCAUUUUCAACAGACCUGUUAUGUACGUAUCAUGUAUGUACUAACUUGCUGGGCAACUUUAUAUGCAUAACUAAGGUUGCUGUUGAUUUUAAGUAUCAA